AAUAAACCAACCCUCUGACGCCACAAUCUACCACACUCAGCCACUACAAACUGCAUGUGGGUCUAAACUUUAAAUACUUUAACCACACUUAACUCUCAACCUUCUCUUUCUAAUUACGUCUUCACUCUUCACCUUCACACAUUCUAAUACCACACUCUCUCUCAAGACCAACACCACCAUUAUUUCUCUCUUUCUCUUUCAUGCGUUAUCGCAAACACAUGGAGCUCACCACCUAGUUCAACUUCAAACCCGUCGAAACUCCCUCACCCACCAAGAAAAAGCCACGACCCAUUUCACCAACCUCCAUCUCCUCCAACCCCAUCAAGCCAAAACCAGUGUUUUCUUCCAUGGCCCUCGAGACCUGGCUCAUCAGAGUGAAAACGGCCUUGUCGCAGAGGAAACCCUUGUUCUCUUCGUCGAAGCCGAAACGCGUGGCCGUUUUGUCGUUCGAGAUCGCGAACGUGAUGUCGAAGCUCCUCCACCUAUGGCAGUCCCUCUCCGACGCCAGCGUCGUUCGCCUCCGAAACGACGCCGUCGCGCUCGAGGGCGUGCGGAAGCUCAUUUCGAACGACGAGUCGUUCCUUCUCAGCCUCGCCGUGGCCGAGUUCGCCGACUCGCUCCGACUCGUCGCCGACUCGGUCUCCCGACUCAGCGAAAACUGCCACGACCCCUCCCUCCGAUCCUUCCACCGAGUCUUCACCGAGUUCGCCAACUCGGGCCUCGACCCGCAUAGUUGGACCCUCGCAACCCCCAAAGACAUCGAAACCAAACACCGAAAGUUGCAACAUUACGUGACUCUCACGGCAACGCUCCACAAAGAAAUCGACGCGCUCACGCUCCUCGAAAGCGCGUUCAAAAAAGCACUUCUCAGCAACACUGACACGAAAAAACUCCACGACCUUCAGCAGAAGAUCUUCUGGCAGAAGCAAGAGGUGAAGAAUCUAAAAGAAAGAUCCCUUUGGAACAAAAGCUUCGAUUCCGUUGUUUUAUUGCUAGCAAGGUUCGUUUUUGCCGUUUUAGCGAGGAUUAAGGUUGUCUUCGGAAUCGGACACAGUAGUGUCCCCUUUUUGUCGCGUAGUUUGUCUUCCGUUUAUCCCUCCGAUCAUCAAAACCCUAUUUCCAAUUCUUGCUCCUCCGUUUCCGGGCCGUUGAAAAGAUCCAAACUUGGGGAGGAAAAUGAAGAUUUGGGAAGUGGAUUCUUUGAGUCAAAUUGCAAGGUGUUAAAGUUGAAGAAAGAUGGUGAAGGUGAAGGUGAAAGUGAGAGUUUGGGUGCUUCAGGUUUGGCUUUGCACUAUGCGAACUUGGUGAUGGUGUUGGAGAAGAUGAUAAAGUCACCCCAGUUGGUAGGGUUGGAUGCAAGGGAUGAUUUGUAUGGGAUGUUGCCAAGUAGCAUAAGGGCAUGUUUGAGGGGAAGGUUGAGAGGGGUGGGGUUGUCUGCAUGUGAUGAUCAUGUGUUGGCUGGGGAGUGGAGGGAAGCAUUGGGGAGGAUUUUGGGGUGGUUGGGACCUUUGGCACAUAACAUGAUCAAGUGGCAGAGUGAGAGGAGCUAUGAGCAGCAGAAUAGUUUGGUGCCAAAGACCAAUGUGUUGUUGUUGCAGACUUUGUUCUUUGCUAACAAGGAGAAGACAGAAGCUGCCAUCACUGAGCUGCUUGUGGGGUUGAACUAUGUUUGGAGAUUUGAGAGGGAAAUGACAGCUAAGGCAUUGUUUGAAUGUACCAAAUUUAAUGGCUUGUUAAGCUUGCACAAACCCAGUUAAGGACAUGGGUUUCUACAUUCAUUUUGCUUUUGCCUUUUUUUCUGUUUUUUUUUUUUAAAAAAAAAACCAUCAUGAUCAAGGUUUUAAAAAAUGGUCCAUGACUACGAUUUUGGUCACAACAUUAAUGAUGUAUUUAAAAACUAGUAUCUGGAGAGUUGUUAUUAUGUUUGUGUAUUGAAAUCUGAAAAAUACUCUAUUCAAGGUUGUUUAAAUGGAUUUCCAAACAUAGAGAGGAUUUUCGAAUCACCACAGUUGCAAUUUUGGAUGCGUCAUUUCCAGUGAGAUUAAGGAUCUUGAUUUCCAUCCGCAUUAAGAAUUGUGACAAAAUUGUAACUGCGACUGCAAUUUAAAACUUUGAUGAUGAUCUUUCUGGUGCCUCGAUGAGGGUUCUAAACUUCUAAUUUUGUCUCUAUGAAUUUUAUGGUUGUUGAUUUUAGGUAGUUAGUUGAGGAAAGUUUUCAGAUCCUUGAGGUUUGGUUUUGCUUCUAACCCGGGUCUGUAUAUAUUGUAUGUAAAUGGUAUAUGAAUUUUGAGUAAAAAUUCCAAGAAAUGCAUGGGCUUUCAUUAUUCAUAUAUAUACCAUCCAUAAUCAUGUGAAAAUAUUCCUACAGUUUCUGUCAUAAUUAAUUUUAUCAUCAACUGCUACUUAGUGGGGUU